GCUAAAAAAGCCCCGAAUGUUUUUUCAUUAGCCCCGAAUGUUUUCAACCAAAAAAAAAAAAGAUUUGGUACACAAGUGGUUAACACCUCCAGGUCGCACGUGACGUCAUUCACCCAAAGCAGCGGAGUCAGACUGGCAGCAGGCGCACGUAACAGCAAGCUGCUGUCUGAGAGUGUUUCUAUGUCUACACAUUUCGCUGCUUCACUCCUCUGGGCUAAGCCCAGCGCCGCCGCUCCCAUAACGCGCAUCGCUCUGCCGUGAUACGCGCCGACACAUCCGCGCACACUCUCACUCGAAAAACUCACUAGCACCCCCCCCCCCCCUAUAACUAUAGUGGGCUGAAGUGUAGAACAAGUUUGUAAGCAACACAAAUAUUUAAUAACAAAAAAAAGAAAUCUGCUAAUUUACUGGUCGCGCAUGCGCGAGUUGAUGAAAAAUUUACUCGCACUGUGUCUAAUUUUAGGCGCAAAAUGCGACCAUUUGGUCGCAGUCUGGAGCCCUGAUAUGUGGAUACCAAGACGGCUCUGGCAAAGGAAACGAUGCUGGCGCAUCCCGCACCCAAGGCUCCCAUCACCACUGACGCUUCAGCCGACGCGGUGUAUGAGCAGUGGGUGAAAGGGGCACGGCAGCCAGUCGCCAGGUUUGGUUCCUCCGACAGAAGGUCACAGUUCACGUCGGGGGGUGAAGCUCCACCGUACUCCUGCUGAUCACCCACAGGCUCAUAGAUUGUGUGAGAGGUUCCAUCGCUCAAUGACGGCUGCUCUCCGGUCCAGCCUCAAGGAUGGUGGCUGCAUAUCUGGACCUGGACCAACUGACGUCCAGCAGCUGUUGGAGGUUCAAGAAGAGGUUCCCCUUGAGCAGCAGGACUGGAGCACCAGCCUGGAACAGGAUGAACCAGAUCCCCCCCACAUUAAAGAGGAACAGGAAGAACUCUGGACCAAUCAGGAGGGAGCGCAGCUUCAAGGUCUGGCAGAGGCUGGUAUCAGGUUCUCAUUCUCUCCUGUGAAGAGUGAAGAUGAUGAAGAGGAAUCUCAGUCCUCUCAUCGUCAUCAAAGACUAACUGAACACAUGGAAACAGAAGCUGAUGAAGAGGAGUGUGGAGGACCAGAACCAGACAGGAAGUCAGAUACAGAUAAGAAGCUUGGAGACUCGACUGAACCUGAUGACUGGAAGGAGACCAGAGAACCUCAGUCAGGUUUAAACUCUCUGAGUUAUGAAGAAGUUCAUGUCAGUGAUCCAAAAUGGAGUUCUAGUGAGAAACUACUAAGCUGCUCUGAAUGUGGGAAAAGAUUUUAUCUCGAGAGACAUUUGAAGGAACACAUGAGAAUCCACACAGAAGAGAAAACAUUCAGUUGCUCAUUUUGUGAUAAAAUCUUUAAGCGCAAGUCAAGUCUGAAGUUGCACAUGAUGGUUCACACGGGAGAAAAACCUUUUAGCUGCUCAGAGUGCGAUACACGCUUUAAGCGCAAGUCAAGUCUGAAGGUACACAUGAUGACUCACACGGGAGAAAAACCUUUCAGCUGCUCAGAGUGUGGUGAAAGCUUCAAGGCCAAGUCGAGUCUGAAGAGCCACAUGAGAAGCCACACUGUCAUUAAACCGUUUAGCUGUUUAGUCUGUAAUAAAUCUUUUAAACACAGUGGAAGUGUCCAGAGACACAUGGUGACCCACACAGGAGAGAAACCGUUCAGCUGCUCCAUCUGUAAAGCAUCUUUUGCACUUAGGGUAACUUUACAACGACACUCUUUAACUCGCAUAAGAGAGAAACCGCUACGCUGCUCAGUUUGUGAUGAAAUAUUUCUGUGCAAUGGGCAACGGAAGCUGCACAUGGCAAGUCACACAGCAGAGAACUCCCUUUAGUGGUGUUGAUCAAGUUGACAUUAGUUCCACUCCCUCCUUCACAAGACCUUGAGGUUCCGACCUCCCUGUCCUGGGGCAGUGACUCACGUCCAACCGGGAGGACUCUAUCCACCGAUCCCCGCCAGAGAACCAUGGCCUCAGAGCUCCCGACUCAUCUUGAGCGUGGUCACGGUCUCCGAUCCUAAGCAGGAGAAACUCUGCUGAACAAGUCCUAGAAACCCAGUAACCACUACGAAGAGAUCUCCAGGAAGAGGCUCUGAUCUGGGCCGAGAGGUGGUGGUGUGUUUGUAACCGUGUUCGUCUUGUUUACCUUUACCUGCACUGUGAACUUGUCAUUGGGUGUUCUACGGACCUCCGAGUCCUGUUCAGUUCUGUCACAUAACUUGUGCUUUUCACACACACAAAUGCUUUUGGUGUGAACGCAGCAUGAGGGCGUCUGCUUGUAAUUCUAUAAAACAGUUCUUGUUGAUCUAUACUACUUAAUUUGGGUCGUAUUGUUAAGAUACAUAAACUAUGAUAUAGUUUUAAACAGCAGUUUGUCAUUAUUUUCUGCACAAGUAUUGUGAUCAUGUGAUUCAUACAUAUAUUAAGAUUCCUCCAUGAAACUAGUUAUUUGGAGAAACACCCACUUCCCUUUUUUUCCCCCUGAAGGGUUAUUUGGGAGUUGUUCCUGAUGUGAGGUCAAAGGUCAGGGAUGUCUGUGUACAGAUUGUAAAGCACUCCGAGACAAAUUUGUGAAAAUGGGCUCUACAAAUAAACUGAAUUGAAACAG